AUGGGAAUGGUGGCUGUGGCUGACAUGAUGAAUGGAGCCAUCUGGGUCUUCAACCCUCACAACACCUUCUCCAAGGGGGAAUGGAUAAAGAUCAGAAAGGUUGAUUCCCCUAUGGGUAUUGGAGUGGACUCCACGGGCAAGAUCCUGGACCCUCGCUAUGUCAGUCCAGCACCCAAUGGCGGUUUUGUGGUAAGUGAGGAGUGUGGAGAUGUCAAGGUCACAAGCAGCCGUAAGCUCCUCUGCUCCCUCAGCAGCAAAUACAGACACUGGUUUGGCAACCCAGCUGGGGUCUGCGUUGACUUGGAUGGCAGUAUCCUGGUGGCAGACGAGCAGCGCCGCACAGUCCACUUGUUCCCAGAGCAAGGGGCUCCUGUCUGCCUGGUGUCCACAGGGCUACGGAGGCCCGCUGGUGUGGCUUGCUCCUCCUUCGGGCACCUCUUUGUGGCAGAUGCGGGAGAAAACUGUGUCAAAGUCUUUAAGUACCACACGAGACACCGUUACAGCCCCGUCAACCCUGGGGCGCCGUGUGGUGACCCCAGCCUAUCACCCAGAAGGGGCAUCGGGCAGGGUCCACCGCAACCCUGCUGA